AUGAAUUGUAUUGAUUGUUCUUCGCUAGCGUCUAAAAAUUGUACAUACGUAAAUUAGAAUAUUUGUACUACUUAUGCAUUGUAUAAUGGUUAAUGCAUAGAUUGUUCUACUGUUGAAAAUAAUGCUUGUAAAUACAGUAAUGUCUUACAGUGUGCAUAAUAUGGUUAUGAUGGAUCAAGUAAAUGUUAUGAUUGCUCUUUAGCAAGUUAAAGUUAGUGUAUUUAUCAAAGAGUAACCGGAUGUAGCAGAUAUGCAUAUAACGAUAAAAAUAAAACUUGCUUUAAUUGCAAUGGAAACGGAAUAAUUUGGAGCGACAGCAUGUGCGAAGCAUGUUUUGAAAGUUAAAAUUUAACUGCAGCUAGCGAUGAUUUAUCUAAGUGUGUGGAUCCAUCAAUCUCUUCUGCAACAUAUUCAUAAAUAUUAAAAUUUGUAUUUACAUUUUAUCUGCUAAAAAUAAUAAUUCUAUGA